AUGGUUAUUAAUCUGACAGAGAGUGACAGAGAACAAGAAGAAUACACUAGUAGUAGACUUGAACCUAGAGCAACAACUAGUCAAAUUCGAGUAGAAGUUGAAAACUCGAUGAGACUUGAAGAUUAUAAAUACUUGUUGAUGUCCGGAGUUGCUUCUGUUUCUUGUAAAGAAGCUAAUAUAGGUGAGUUGCCUGAACGGGCAGACUGA